UAGCGAGCGCUGUUCGAUGACGAAGCUCGUGCUGUAUACUUCCAGUACCAACUACCCGCAUCCCGAUCACACCUUCCCGCCCAGCCAUGUCUUCCAACAACUCUCUCCGUCUGCCAUCUUACACCGACCCUUUCCCCAAACACCGACCGUACGUCCUCGAAGCGGAACAAGGAGAGACUCUGGCUGUCGUCGGCGGCGGAACGGUCCGGUACUUGGCGACUCGAGAAGAGACCAGUAACGCUUUCGGGCUGGUACAGUCGAGAGGAGGACCAGACGAGCGAGUCUUGCCUCACUUUCACAACGGCGCGCACGAUACCUGGCUCGUCCUCAAAGGAGCCGUGAGGCUCUGGGCGGGGGAUCAGAGUCGGAUCUUGCUGCCCGGUGACUUCGCCUAUGUGCCUCCUAAAAUCACACAUUCAUACCAAGUCGUCGGCGCCGACACCGAGUUUCUGGGUGUGAUUUCCCCUGGAGCAUGGGUCGAGUUCUUCAAGCUCCUAGGAGAACCUUGCGAUGAGACCCCGACGUACAAAGGGUUGAACGAGAAGACGUUGGACAAAAAGUGGCUCAUCGAGCAGAUCAAGAUGGGGCAUGACAUCGUCCCCCAAUUCCAGUACAAUUGGCCCGAGGUCAAUGAGGGUGCCGACAAUGUCCUCCCCGAUGGCAUGGCCCCUUACUUCCUUCGAUCGGACACGGGUCCCAAGUACCUCUUGAACGGACAGUCGAACACGCCUCUCUGCCGGAAUGUCAACUCGGAUGGCAACUUUAGCAUCAGCGUCAUCGCCGGUAACGGACCCAAGUCCAAGUAUCCCUCCUUCACUCGCUCCAAGGAGGCGUUCCAGUCCGGACCGUUCGUCGAGGGCAAGAUGAUCAGGUUCGGUAGCACGCACACGUUGUUCCGGGUCAUCGAAGGGUUCUUUGACUUCGAGGUGCGAGAGGCGGACGGGAACGUCCACAAGGAGACGAUCAGCGCCAACGAGUCGAUCAUGGUCAGCGCGGGCAACGCUUUCAGGUACAGCGUCUCUUCGGCCUAUGGGAGGAUGUACUCGUUUGCCGGCAAGGGGAGCGGGUUGGAAGAGGUCUUUGUCAAGCUGGGACGGGUCGCCAAGAGGAAUGAGAUGGUCGGGGAGACGGAUGACGAGGAGGUCUCGGUAGAGGAUUUGAAUGCCGCUGUCAAGGAGAUUGGGGCCGAGUAUAUUUGAACGUAAGGCAUUUGAGACUGCUGUUGUAUCGUAAAGAAAGUCAAGAGUCAGGAUUCUAUUCGAUACCAAGG